AAGCAUCUUGGCCAACCAGGAACGAAAUACUGUAGCUCGGAAGGGGGUCAGGGCAUUAGCGCUCUGAUCACGUGACGCAGGAUCAGCGGGCUGAAGAGGCGAAGCUGGGACGCGCGGCGCGGAAGAGCAUCAUCGUUUCCCGGGAAGACGAAGACGUUACUAAGUAACGGUGUAUAUCCGUCCGCCGACUUUCUUUUCGCUAAAAAAAAAAUCAAGAUGGCGUCCAGGACAGGCGUUGGAUGUGGUGUGUGAGAGGAUUCCUCAAGCGGGUCUCUCGGUAGAUCACGCGGGAGCAGCGUAGCACCUUGGCUGCCAGGAAAGAGGAAACUGCGGCUGGGGAGCUUUUAAAAGAUACGUUGAAGCGCUUCGGGGACGGCUGGUCUCCAGGAUCGGGACAGCUGCGUCCCAUAUAGCUAUUUAUUUUUCAAUAGCUGAUUAUCACCGCAAUGGCUACUGGAGGAAGUCCUUUUGAAGAAGGAAUAGAUGACCAUGAUUUACCAAGCUGGAGUCAUGAAAGCCUUGAUGAUCGAUUGAACAAUACGAGUUGGGGAAGUCAACCAAAGAGGCCAAAUAGAUCUUCAGAAAAAAACCAAAAAAAAGUUUCUGCUGAAAGUGAAACAAGAUUUACUAAUGAUAUUUCUCCAGAAUCUACCCCAGAAGUUGGACGAAGGAAGUCAAAGACUCCGCAUACUUUCCCUCGUACUAGAUAUAUAACCCAAAUGUCUGUCCCAGAACAGACAGAACUAGAAAAGCUUAAACAAAGAAUAAAUUUCAGUGAUUUAGACCAGAGAAGUAUUGGAAGUGAUUCUCAGGGCAGAGCAACAGCUGCUAACAACAAACGCCAGCUUAAUGAAAACAGAAAACCAUUCAACUUCCUAUCACUACAGAUUAAUACUAACAAGGGCAAAGAUGCUGCAAUGAGUUCUCAAAUACAAGAAACUGGUGCAUCUUCAAAAUAUAAAGACUUAUUUACUGCUGCUUUGAAUAAAGAUUUAUUGCAGAAUUGUCCAGUUUCAAUUGAAGAAGAUGGUAGAGGUGAACCUGCGGUGGACAGUAGUCAGAUUGUGAGCAGAUUAGUUCAAAUUCGUGACUACAUUGCAAAAGCUAGUUCCAUGAGGGAAGAUCUUGUUGAGAAAAAUGAGAGAUCUGCUAAUGUUGAACGCUUAUCACAUCUCAUAGAUCAUCUGAAAGAACAAGAGAAAUCUUACCUGAAAUUUUUGCAGAAAAUGCUAGCUAGAGAAAAUGAGGAGGAUGGUCGGACUAUAGAUUCAGCUGUGGGAUCUGGUUCUGUAGCUGAGAGCACAUCACUAAACUUAGAUGUGCAGUCUGAAGUUUCAGAUACAACGGAGGUAUCUUUUAGUCUGAAAACUCGCCCCUGCAUUGAGGACAAACUAGGGAAUUCAGCUACUCAAGGACAGGUUUCAGACAUGGAUGUUACAGCAACUCCAAAAGGGAAAAGAGACACAACUGCCCUGAAUGGCAGGGAAAUCUGGUCUAGUAGGAUAAAUAGCCAAGAACCUGGAUUGCUGUCAAAGGCUAGAGAUCCUCAGCAAGAAGCUACAGAAGAACUUGCAAACCUAAAGAAGCAACAUGACUUACUGAAAAGGAUGCUACAACAACAGGAACAAUUAAAGGCUCUGAAGGGGAGGCAAGCUGCCUUGCUUGCUCUUCAUCAUAAAGCAGAACAAGCUAUUGCUGUCAUGGAUGAUUCUGUUGUAACAGAAACAACAGGUAGCAUUUCUGGAGUGAGUCUAACAUCUGAGCUGAAUGAAGAAUUAAAUGAUUUAAUUCAGCGUUUUCAUAACCAGCUUCAUGAUUCUCAGAUUCAACCUGUGCCUGAUAACAGAAGGCAAGCAGAGAGUCUCUCUCUUGCCAGAGAAGUUUCCCAGAGCAGAAAUUCUUCUGUGUCUGAGCAACUUUCUGAUAAAAAAGCACAACUAUUUAGUAAGAUGGUAGCAUUACAGGAUAAAAAGCAAAAGAUGGAUAAACUGCUAGGAGCACUGCAUACACUUCGUGACCAGCAUCUUAACAACUCGUCAUCAUUUCUGCCAGCUGCAGGAUCUCCUCAAAGGAGUAUUGAUCAAAGGAGCACAGCUUCAAUUGCUUCUGCACCUGUAGGGCCUACAAUAGUUGUCAAUGAAGAACCAAACAGCUUAGCAUCCUCAGCUGCAUAUCAUCCGGAUUCUGUGACCUCACAGAAUGACAGUGAAGAAGACAACUUAAAUCCAACAGAAAAACUUCAGAAGCUGAAUGAAGUUCGCAAGAGAUUGAAUGAAUUGCGUGAACUAGUCCACUAUUAUGAGCAAACUUCUGAUAUGAUGACGGAUGCUGUAAAUGAAAAUACUAAGGAGGAAGAAGAGACUGGAGAGUCAGACUGUGAAUCUGAACAUGAGAAUCCACAACCUGUUACAAAUAUUAGGAAUCCCCAAGAAAUCAGUAACUGGGGUGAAAUUAACUAUAAUAGCAAUUUGCAGUGUGGAACUAAUAACCGAAAUGGAAGACAUCUUAAUACAUCCUGUGAAAUAAAUAAUCAAUCUGCUAAUGUAAGGAUGCCAAAUAUGCCUUCUACUUUAGAUUGUCACUAUAAUAGGAAAGAAGAUGAUGUGAUUGUCCCACAAGAUGAUGAUGAGGAUAUUGAUGCUGAAGCUGAUAGAAUCAGCAAAACUUCAUUAUCCAGUCGAAGAAGUAGCAUAGCUGAUGAGGCUGCUAUAGAUGCUGAGUUUGAGCAAAAGAUUAACAGACUUAUAGCAGCAAAGCAAAAACUGAAACAGCUUCAAAAUCUUGUGGCUAUGGUUCAGGAUGAUGAGAUGGAGUCAGAGGUAGCAGGACAGAGUAAUGUGGAACAAUUUUUUCUGGCUGAGGAAGAAAAAGGACAGCAACAACCAAACAACAUUCGAAACAGUACAAACAAAUUACAGAAAAGUGUUGGACUGAAUGAAAAAGCAAGGGAAAAAUUUUAUGAAGCUAAACUUCAGCAACAAAAGAGAGAACUUAAACAUCUUCAAGAAGAAAGAAAGAAACUUAUAAAUAUUCAAGAAAAAAUUCAGGUCCUGCAGAAGGCUUGCCCAGAUCUUCCACUGACAUCUAGCCUGGAUAAUUGUGCAGGGAAUACUUCCACAGCAGCUGGUAAUGAAAUCAGCACAGUGAGCAAGUCUCCAGUUCAACCAGAAGAAUUAGCAGUAGAUAGUGAGACCUGGUCUCAAGUGCGUAAACAUGAGAUUUUAAGAGAAGAAUUGCGACAAAGAAGAAAACAGCUCGAAGCCUUAAUGGCUGAGCAUCAGAGAAGACAAAAUUUAGCAGAUGUUUCACCUGCUGCGCCUGGAUCUGUUAAAAGUAAUGGAUCAGAGACUCGGUGUACUCCCCAGCAAAGCAGAACAGAAAAGACAAUGGCAACGUGGGGAGGAUCUACACAGUGUGCACUUGAUGAAGAUGAAGGUGAUGAAGAAGUAUACCUUUCUGAUGGGCUGGCUCAAGCAGAAGAGGAAGAAGAGGAACAAGAAUGUAGUUCCAAUGAAAUGCCCAUGUGUCCCAAUAAUGUAGAUCAGAUCUCAUAUUGUGCAAAAGAAGAUAAAGAAAGCUGGAAGAAUCCUCGUCCUCUUUCAGCAGAUGGAAACUACCGCCCUCUAGAUAAAGCAAGGCAGCAACAGAACAUCAGCAUGCGACGACAAGAAAAUCAUCGAUGGAUGUCUGAACUUUCUUAUGUGGAGGAGAAAGAACAAUGGCAAGAGCAAAUUAACCAAUUAAAGAAGCAUCUUGAGUUCAGUGUCAAUGUUUGUCAGACUUUAAUGCAGGACCAACAGAUGCUCUCUUGUUUACUGCAGACCUUGCUUACUGGCCCAUAUAGUGUGAUGCCUGGUAAUGUUGCUUCACCACAAGUACACCUUAUAAUGCAUCAAUUAAAUCAGUGCUAUGCACAGCUGACCUGGCAGCAAAAUAAUGUUCAAAGGUUGAAGCAAAUGUUAAAUAAUCUUAUGCGUCAGCAAGAGAAGCAGCAGGCCAGAAUACCUAAAGAGGAGAAAGACAACAGGGCACCACCACAUCCCUCACCAACUGUGUUUUGUCCCUUUAGUUUCCCUUCGCAAGCAAUGAACUUAUUCAAUAUGCCUGGAUUCACAAAUUUCUCUUCUUUCCCACCAGGCAUCAAUCUUGGCCAGAUGUUCCCAUCUGGGGACUUUCCACAUAAUUGUAAUGCUCAAAACAGUGAAUAUCAGCCAACCUUAAACCAUAACAGUACUGGAAAAGCUGACUAUAUGGCAUUUCCAAAGCCAUUUGAAAGUAAUUCUACCUCUGGAGCAGAGAACCAAAGAAGUCAGAGACAGCCUGAAGAAGAGAUGGAAAAUAGAUCAGCUUGGUUAAAUGAGUAUCAGGAAGGAGGAAAAGAAAAACAGCCAUUUCUCAGGACUGGAUUUGCAGUCCCAGUGCAAAAUGCAGCAUGUAGUAAUCACAAAAAUCAACCUGACAGGAGCAGACAAAGGGAAUUUGAUGAAGAAUCUCUGGAAAGCUUUAGUAGCAUGCCUGAUCCGGUGGAUCCAACUACUGUGACAAAAACAUUUAAACCUAGGAAAGCAUCUGCACAGGCCAGUCUGGCUUCAAAAGACAAAACACCAAAGUCCAAGAAUAAGAGGAGGAGUAGUUCCCAGUUUAAAAAACGACCUAGAGCUAAUGGUUUUGAAAGUGCCAGUGUUUCUAGUACAUGUGAGCCUUACAAGAGCAACAGUGGCCGACCUUCAACUCGGAAAGAAGAACUUGUUCAAGCAAAAGUGUUCAGUAAAAAGAAUCGGGAACAAUUGGAGAAAAUAAUUAAAUAUAGUAGGUCAUCAGAAAUGUCUUCAGCACAUGCUAGGAGAAUACUGCAGCAGUCUAACAGAAAUGCAUGCAUACAAGCGCCAGAAACAGGCAGUGACCUUUCUAUGUUUGAAGCUUUACGAGACACCAUUUAUUCUGAAGUAGCUACUUUGAUAUCUCAAAAUGAAUCUCGCCCUCAUUUUCUAAUUGAACUUUUCCAUGAACUCCAGAUGCUAAAUACAGAUUAUUUGAGGCAAAGAGCACUGUAUGCUUUACAGGACAUAGUGACCAGACAUGCAUCUGAAGAUAAUAUGAGAGGAGAAUGUCCAAAGCAACUGAACUCAAAUGCCUGGAUAGGAUCAAAUUCAGAGCUUACUCCCAGUGAAAGCCUUGCAACCACUGAUGAUGAGACAUUUGCAAAGAAUUUUGACCAAGGUGCUUGCAGAGAAUCUGAACAAAAUGAUAGAGACAAUGGCAGUACUAGAUCUACAUCUUCAAAUUUUGAACCAUUUGCUACUGAUGAUCUUGGCAACACUGUGAUUCAUUUAGACCAAGCAUUGGCUAGAAUGAGAGAAUAUGAACGGAUGAAAAUAGCUGCCGAGGGUAACCUUGAGUCCGAGGAUGGUUGCUGUAGUAAUCUCCAGACUGCUCCUUCUUCUAAAUUGGAAGGUUCAGAUGCAGUUGAAAGCCAUUCUGCACCACAGACUACUGAAGUAUCUUCUAUUCCUUGCCCCCGAAUAGAUACUCAGCAGCUGGAUCGACAAAUUAAAGCAAUUAUGAAAGAAGUUAUCCCCUUUCUGAAGGAACACAUGGAUGAAAUAUGUAGUUCCCAACUCUUGACUGCUGUAAAACGUAUGGUCUUAACCCUUACCCAGCAAAAUGAUGAAAGCAAAGAAUUUGUCAAGAUAUUUCAUAAGCAACUUGGUAGCAUUUUGCAGGAUUCACUGGCAAAAUUUGCUGGUAAAAAGUUAAAGGAUUGUGGGGAGGACCUUCUUGUGGAGAUUUCUGAAGUCUUAUUCAAUGAAUUAGCCUUUUUUAAGCUCAUGCAAGACUUGGAUAAUAACAGUCUGACAGCAAAGCAAAAAUGUAAACCAAAAAUAGAAGUAAAAAAAUCACUUGAAGAUGGAGUAUGUUCAUCUACUGAAGAUAUUGAUGAAGACAAAGACAAAGAUGAAACUGAAACUAUUAAGCAAGUUCAUGAACCUGCAAUAUUCAGCAGAGAAAUUCCAAUCAGUACAAGAUCAGAUCCUUCUGAUCAGGAAGAAGAGAGUGAAAAUUGUCCAGUCUCCAUAAGCUUAUCUAAAGCAGAAACUCAGGCUCUCACUAAUUAUGGAAGUGGAGAAGAUGAAAAUGAAGAUGAAGAAAUAGAUGAAUUUGAAGAAGGACCGGUAGAUGUUCAAACCUCCCUCCAGGCAAACAAUGAAACUACAGCUGAAAACGAAGAAGAACAGAUUUCACAGUCCAUAUCAGAAAAUCCAAAUGUGUGUCAAACUUUAUCUUCUGAACAAGACUCUGUAAAUACUAAAGAUGAUCAAAAUAUACCUGCUAUUGUACCUCAGUAUCUUAAUCUUACAGAAGAAAACCAGUCCUUAGUUGUUAGAGUUGCUGAAGAUUUUAAUGCCAGCGUUAUAUUAGCUACAGAAAAAACAAACUCUCCGUUAGCAGAAAAUGAAAACAAAGCUGUAGACGCAAUAUGUGGAGACUCAAAAUCAUCAUCAGGAACACCUGAGAGCUCUGUAGUUGGCAGUCCUGAUACAGAAUCUCCUGUAUUGGUUAAUGAAUAUGAAACUGGUUCUGGAAAUGUGAGUCAGAAGUCUGAUGAAGAUGACUUUGUAAAACUUGAAGACAUACCGCUUAAACUUGUAGUCUACUCAGAGGAAGAACUAAUGAAAAAAAUGAUGGCAGAGUCUCAGACAAAUAGUAUCACUGAAGAAAUUCUAGCUGAAGCAGAAAGGCAGGGUGAGGAAUUAGUAGGAGAUCCUCAAAUGUUGAAGGAACCUGAGAUUGUUGGAGCUCAAAGUGCAUGAAAAUGACCUCUGGAACGUUUCUGUGGCCUAAUUCAUUGAUAAAUGCAAAUAGAAAAUCACUACUACGUUUCAUGUGUUCUAAUCUGUAUAAAAUGUAAAGUAGUUUUUCACACACUGCCUUUUAGAAUAGGCUUGCUAAUUUUUUUCUCAUAAAAGUUCAAACAGCUAAACUUUCAACCUGGCUGCAGUUCUUAUGUUUUUAUUAUUGUGAUUUUAGCGAUUUUACCAUAUAGUUUUUUAAAUAAGUUUGACUUGUAUGUAGGUGUGUUUUGAACAAAGCUAUAUGAAGCUAAGAUGAGCCAUGAGUAAUAAUAGAGUCAAGGAAAAAGUGUUGAUUUUUAAAAACAGUUUAUUGCUAGCUUGUUUAUAAAAGUGUUUGAAUUCUCAUCAUACAAUAAUGGGCUUGAUCCAAAGGUGCUCUUCAAUGUUUUGCUCUUCUUGCAAUACCAGCAGCAUAUUGGGAUACCUUAAAAAACUGACAAAUUUACUAUAGUGUAAGCUUUCCUGAGCUAUAAUUAUUUUAUCAGAAAGAGAUUUACAGGGCAAAGAGAAAAUAAGGAGUAAUAAAAACUAUAGUAAAAAGAUCAGAUUGAAAUGAAAAUAAUUUUCUAAAUAGUGUCAUAAUAAUAAUAAUCUCUUAGCACAUAUAACACAAUAAUAAAUCUUUGUCUUUAUAACAGAUAAUGUUAGAUCUCUAAUGAUUGCGCUCUCAACCAUUUCAUUGGUUAUCAUAAAUCUUUAGCUCAAAAGUGGCUACAUGGCUGAGGUAAUUGCCUAUGGACUUAGUUUUGGGACAGUAUCCCAAACCAAUGUCAGCUUUGUAUUUGUGUGUAAGAACUGACCAACUUACUCCCUUACACCGUCUCCAUAUGGUGUAUAAACAGUUGUACAUACAGUACCUUCUUUUUGAUUAAAUAUUUUGAUUAAAUGGACUAGCCCAGAAAAUGUAAGGAAAGUUAAAUAUAUUAAAUAUAUCGUUAUUUCAACCACUUCAGAAUUCUUCACCGAUUGUUUUUUGUACCCUUUAGAAACUGUUUCUUCUGAAUACAACUGUUCAUUUUGUGAUAAAAUACUGUGUGAAAAUAAUCUAAAUCCAGAGUCCUCUGUUCCCAAAAUUGGAAUGAUGAGAAUGUUAUUUUUGUUACAACAGUAUGAAAUUCCUUCUUGCCAUGAAUGUGCAGGACAGCACUAAUGCUUAAAUUUGUUCUAUGAAAAUACCAGCGAUGCCUUACCAACUUGGAUAGAAUGUAUUUGAAAUAAUGUAUUCCUUUUGAUGUGUCAUAAGUAAAUUUUCCCCUUGUAAA